GUCCCCGCAACUCAAUGCAGCAGAGAGCCUUGAGCGCAUCUUAAAACAUUUGGAAAAAUAACGGUUGAACAGUCUGAAUUCUGCUUCGAAUGAAUUAACAGACCUAAUUUCACCACUUCGCACCUCAUCGGACGCGUUUCUCGGGAGUUGAAUCGGUCGUUUAUUUUUCGUUUAGUUAUUUUCAAUGGCGUUGUGAGGGAACGGCCAUGGCGGUUAGUCAACAGCAACAGCAGGCCGUGAGCAAACCGGCCGGCGGAAAACACGGCAAUGUUUUGCCAUUAUGGGGCAACGAGAAAACCAUGAACUUAAACCCGAUGAUCUUGACCAACGUGCUUUCGUCCCCGUACUUCAAGGUCCAGCUGUAUGAGCUCAAGACGUACCACGAGGUGGUGGACGAGAUUUACUUCAAGGUCAACCACGUGGAGCCAUGGGAAAAAGGCAGCCGAAAGACUGCGGGCCAGACGGGAAUGUGCGGAGGGGUGAGAGGAGUCGGAACGGGUGGGAUUGUGUCAACGGCUUUCUGCUUGCUGUAUAAACUAUUCACACUGAAACUGACCCGCAAACAAGUGAUGGGUCUCAUUACUCACACAGAUUCACCCUAUAUCAGGGCACUGGGCUUUAUGUACAUCAGGUAUACACUGCCACCUCCUGACAUGAUUGACUGGUAUGAUGAGUUCCUUGACGACGAGGAGGAGUUGGACGUGAAGGCAGGAGGAGGGUGUAUGAUGACAAUCGGCGAGAUGCUCCGCUCCUUCCUGACCAAACUGGAAUGGUUCUCAACACUGUUCCCACGUAUACCUGUUCCUGUGCAGAAGGCAAUCGAUCAACACAUGAAGAGCCGACCACGUAAACCUCCGCCAGGAGAGGAGCAGGACGAGGAGGCGGUAGCUGCGGCCGAUUCUGGAAGGCAUACAGAUAGGCACUGCUCCAGGACCCCUAGGAAAAGUCAGAGCCCCAGUAGAUCCCAAAACCGAUCCCGAAGUCACAGCCACCACAGAGAAAGACGUGGCGCCAGCUUCGACCGAGAAUUGGAGAAAGAACGAGACCGGCAGCGUAAAGAAAGGGAGGGGAAGGACCGGGACAGAGAGCGAGAUAGGGAGAGAGACAGGGAGAGAAGACGUUCCAGAACACCGGACCGAACUGCAGAACGCAGGGAAAGACGCCGGAGUUGCAGUGCAAGCCGUGAGAGACGCAAUGAGAGGAAAGACAGAGAGAAAGAGGAGGCAGAGACUGAGCGCAGUCGCAGAAAAGACAGAGAACACCACAGAGACAGAGGUGAGCGUGACCGAGAGAGGGAGCGUUCGAAAGACAAGAGGAGUAAAGGAGAGGGAGAUGAGAGGAGGCACAAAGAGGAGAAAGAGGAAAGAAAGCACCGGGAGGAGAAGAGAAGUAAACGCUCCAGGAGCAAAAGCAGAGAGAGAAAGCACAGAGUCGAGCGACCUAGCAAGAAACGUUCUCGCUCUGGCAGCCGUAGCAGACAGGAAGCAGGGGAAGAAAGGAACAAGAAGCGGGAACGCAGCCAUAGUAAGGAACGGCCACACAAGGGCAGUUCCAGCAAAGAACGUGCACAUGGUAGAGAACAUGUUAAAACAGAGCACCACCGGAGCCACAGUCCCGAACCAGAAGAAAGAGCAAACAGUGUUCGAGCAGAGUCCCCAUGAUCCCUGCCUUUUCCUUUUCUCCUCUCUCUGUCUCUCUCUCUCUCUCUCUCUCUCUCGAAUUCCCUCUUCAUGCCAAUUCCUAUGUCUAUAUCUUUGUCCUCUUGAGCACCACUUGUGUUGAAUUAAACUUAUGGAAAUGCCUACAUAUAUUUGCCCCCACACUGUUAUCCACCACUUUUAUUUUCUAUCUGUUGCCCUUACAGAUAUCAAGACUGAAAAUGACUUUUUAAAAUCCCUUUUAUUUCCAUUUCCCCCCAUUUGUUUUCAGGAUUCUCUCAAAUAGCUUUGUACAUACAGCUCAGAGAAUGUUUUAAAUUUGAACAGAGCGACCACAGAGUUGAGUUUGUGGCACAGGCUGAUGAAAGCUGUGCUGCUAUUGUGCUGUUUCAUUGCUCUGUUGCAUCUCAUUUUCUAAUAAAA